AUGCGUCGUUUUAAUCCAACAUGGUUUAAAGAAUAUAAAUGGUUGGAGUACAGUAAGGAGAAAGAUGCUGCAUAUUGCUUAUAUUGUUAUCUCUUCAAACCGGACAUUGGAAAUCAAGCAGGGGGAGAAACUUUUGUUACUGAAGGGUUUAGUAAUUGGAAAAAGAAAGAGAAGUUCGAAGGUCAUGUGGGGGCUCACAAUAGUGCACAUAAUCAAGCUCGGCAAAAAUGUGAAGCUUUGUUAAACCAUAAACAAAGUAUCAUAACAUUUUUUGACAAGCAAUCGGAUCAGCAGAAAAUGAUAUAUAGGACUCGUUUGAAUGCAUCAGUUGAUUGUAUUCGCUUUUUACAACAACAAGGAUUAGCAUUUCGUGGCCAUGAUGAAUCUAAAGGUUCAAGUAAUCAAGGAAAUUUUCGUGAAUUGUUGCGGUUUCUUGCGACACAUAAUGAAGAAAUUGACAAGGUAGUCUUAGAAAAUGCUCAUGAAAAUCAUCAAAUGAUUGCACCAUACAUUCAAAAAGAUAUAACAAAUGCUGCAGCAAGUGAAACUAUAGAUGCUAUUCUUAAAGAUCUUGGAGAGUCGUCAUUUGCUAUCCUAGUUGAUGAAUCCUGUGAUAUAUCUAUUAAAGAACAAUUGGCAAUUGUUUUGCGUUAUGUAGAUAAGUGA